AUGGACCGGCACACGCCGCCGUCCCCGGCACCAACCAGAGUAGACCCGCUCCCCUCGGGAUUCAACGAGCUGCUACAACACAACGCAUCGUAUUCCCACGAGGCCAUUUCCGCCGACCCCAUCCAGGCACACUCGCAACCAGGUUCGAGUUCCUAUGGGCCGAUUCCCGAGCCGUAUAGCACUCCAGCAACUUCACCGCCAACGCCGUCGCGGGGGUCAGACGUCAUUUCCACUCGAAGCAGCGCCCGCGGAGAUGGUGGCGCAAGGGCCCUGGGCCCCCGAAGCACACGCAUCGAGAAGUCGACACCGAAGAAGAAGAAAGACCGGGCCAAGGCACCAAAGAAUAUGCCGGUAAUCGAUAGGCCCAUGAGCGAGCUGACCAGAGGUUCCUCGAUCGCGAUUGCCGAUAUCGAGACGUAUGUGCAUCGGUCAUCCGAGGUACGGCGGCAGGAGAUCGAGACAGGCAAGAACCCCGGCCGGAUUAAGAGACCGAUGAAUGCCUUCAUGCUGUACCGGAAGGCGUACCAACAACGAGCCAAGGAGUGGGCAUCCCAGCACAACCACCAGAUCGUGUCCCGGGUGUGCGGCAUGAGUUGGCCCCUUGAACCGGAGCACAUCCGGCUGCAGUUCAAGGCGUGGGCCGACACCGAGCGCGACAACCACCAGAAGGCCCAUCCCAACUACAAGUUCACCCCGGCGAAGCCACAAAAACCAUCUAAGUACGAAGGAGGUUAUGACGAGCGCAGCGACGGGUCAGACUUGGAGGACUAUAACUGGGUUGGCAGGGGUGGUUCUCGGAUUCGGUCGGCGACACACACGCCCGGCGCCGAUAGCGAUUACAUACCGAGCCGCUCAGUGUACGUGGCAACCCAUCCGCACCCGAACCAGCUCAGGGGGCUGCACCCCAUGGGCAUGAUGCACCAGACCCGGUCGACCGCCCUCGACUUCCACUCGGGGAAGCCAUUGCCAGGUCCAUAUGAGUACCGUGGUUUCCAGGCGCAGUACUUUGAGCCGCACAUGCGGAAUCAGCAGAGGCACUUGCACCAUGGCGCCGACGACGUCGCUAUGCACAGCACACCAUCGCCUAGCUCGGUAUUCCAGCAGUCGCACUACGACCUCAGCCAGCAAUACCACCCAAAGGUUGAACAACAGCAGAUCCAGCACCAGUCGCAGUCUCAUCAACACCAGCAGCACCAUCAAUUCGAACACCGGAUAGACCCAUCGCUGGUUCCGCAAGACGACGGCCUGUUUGACCCAGGCAGUUUCAACACCGUCCCGAGCAUGUUCGACGGUAGCCUUAGUGCGACGCAGCAAACCUGGCACACGUCGCAGUCGGCGGCGGCUGGCGAGGGCGAAAGCCAGUUCUCGAACGCCCUCAUGGGCCUCGAUGAUCCCCUCUCCUUCGAGCAGCAGGCCCAAUAUAUGGGAGGCGAGUGGCAGGUUGAGCCUCUCACGGAGACUGCACACUUCGACACGAACUGGGUGGACCCGAAGACAGAGCCCUGA